UAGUCGAAAAACCGGUUGACGACAACCUUCUGUCAAACGACUGUAUAACUUGUAUUUCGCAGUUGCGUGACCCAGAUUGCGUGACAAUUGCUCUCCCUAGGAAGUGCUGUGUUGUGUGACAUUGUCCCGGUAUCGAGGGCUUGACCCAGAAGAGCUACGUUGAAGAAACUAUACGGAAACUUCUUCGCCUACGGAAUGAACUUUACGUGGUACAGCUACGCGGACAAAACUUUGUGAAUAACCUUAACCGGCAGUAAUAGCUCGACAAGCCAAGAUUGGAUUGUACGUCUCAUUGAUUGGCAGGUAUUCAUUCACUGUGUCUAGGGCAAUGGCGUUUUCUCUGUCACCAAAUGUCUAUAUACUGGUCGCUCAAUGGAGAACGCUCACUGAUAAAGGAAUAUCUGGUUCGUUCGUAGCGGUGUUCGCCUUGGCUGUGUUUGCGGAAUGCUUCAGGUCCUAUAACAUUUAUCGAAAAUCUAUUUCACCAAGGUGGAAGGCUGCAUGGGAAAACAGGCUUCGGUCCCUGCUUAUCGAGACCGUUCUCUACACCGUCCAAAUCGUCCUCUUGUACCUGCUCAUGUUGGUGGCGAUGACGUAUAACGUCUGGCUAUUCAUCGCGGUCGUCCUCGGCAGCGGUACAGGAUACUUCAUGUGCGUCCCGCUGCUGAAUAGAUAUAUAGUCAUGCAUAACAUACCACUAGAGACAGGCGAAAGAUACGAACCAAUUACAGCGACAUGACGGCAGAAAUAGGCGACGUCAACUAUGGGAUCACGUGACUUUUUGAAUGACAAACUCGCGCGCGCUCUGUCUUUUGGCGGCAAAAUGACAAAAACAAAAAGCGACUCAGCCAGAAAUGCCAGAAAAUGCUUAUUUUUAUUAAAGGUCUUUAACGACAA